UAACAAAUCCUAUGUAAAUGGUGCGGAUGUUGACAACAGUGUUCCUUUAAGUUUUAAUGAUCAAAACUGAUUUUGGAAAAAAAUGUUCAGCAAAACAGAAGCUUCUAAAAAGGCAGAACUGCUUGAGAAGGCCAAGGCUUCCAGGAAUGAAAGGGCGCAGAAUAAGCAAAGAGGAGAUGCCGUCGUGAAAAUCCAGGCGCUUGUGCGAGGGUUCCUUUGUAGGCGGAGGUACAGGCGACAGAUGCUGGGGAGUCUGGAUUCCAUUCUUGGUGCAUACUGUGCAUCUACUUCAUCAGCCUCAUCAACAACAUCACCACAACCAGUGCAGUCUCAAGCCAACAACAAACAGCAGUUCAAACCAGCCCAAGAUGUUUUCCACGCUGUCUGCAAAUUUCUCACGGUGUAUGCGGACGACAUGGAUAGGAAGAGGUUGGAAAAUCUGUGUCGCUACAUUCUAGCCUGCAUGGAUAAGGGUGAUCCUAAGGUCUGGUAUGUGUCGCUAGCGCUGUCCAAGGACCACGUGCUGCCGUGGAUCAAACAACUGAAGUCCAUUCUUGAUCUGUGCUGCACGCGGCUGAAAGAACUGAAGCCUGAAUCUCCGGUGGAUGCCAAGGUCAUUACUCUCUACCUCCACAUGUUGGUCACAUUCACUGAUACCACGACGUGGAAGAUACUCAAGGUACAAGGAGCGGAGGCUUUGAGACCAAGCCUGAACCAGCUGUGCUCCAAUGUCAUGGGUCACCUCAACACCAGGGGUCUGUUCCCCAUGUUGCAGCAGUUAUUGGUGCAGGGCCUGGCCAGGAGGAAGCCGUCGCUGUCACACACGAUGCUGUCAGCACUCUUUACUAUUGCACUGCGGCCUUUAAUUGCGAGUAAGUUUUCCGACAAUUUGGCCAGCCUGUUCCACCUGUAUGUGUUGUCUGUACCAGCUCUGGUGCUGCACCUAACGUCCAUUGCACCCGAGUGCAUCGUCUCCAUCAAGACCCAUAACCUCUUCAAGCAGAGCCUGGACUUUCUUGCCAAGGAGCAGAACACAAAGAUCAUCUUCAAUGUUCUGGAGGGAAACUAUGCACUGUGCCUACUAGCCAACUUAAUAUACAUGGGCCAACUGGAACAGCAGGUUCUCUCAAGCAAUGUUCAAGUUUUUACGCGAGUGACUGUCUCCUUACUCACCCAUUGCCAAGGCUACGUGGGCAAGAAGAAAUCACACACAACUCAGUGGCACCCUGUACUUGGUUGGUUCUCCCAGCCCACCGACCACAGGUUACAUGAAGCCAUGGUCUUUGUGGUCAAGCAGUUAAACAUGUUAUGGGGCCAGCAGAUAUUGCAGGCAGUAUUCCUUGACAUUCUGAAGGCGGCCCCUGAACAGGAAUCCUCAGGAAAGUCGCCAGCGCCUUCCUCAACAAAGACACAUUCAAAAGGUGGAAGUUUCUUGAGGCGGCUGCAGAGGACCACCUCCAAGCUUGGCACGCAGAAGGGAGGCAAGAGCCUACAGUCAGCAGAGGUUAUCGCCGUGUGUAACGUGUGUGAUAUGUACCAGACAGCCAUCGCUACACUGACGGAGCUGAGACGAGAGAUACUGACUGGUCUUAGCUACCGUGACCUCCUCUUACCCAGACUUUGGCAUUUCAUCGCUGAGCUGGGUCCCCAUGGUGGUCUCAAGCUGUUCCAGGAGUGCCUGUCGUCCUCCAUGGACUCGCACACUAUCCUGUCUGUCUUGGUCCUCUUCUGCGACGUGGCCAGCUACUUAAUUCCGAUUCUGGAUGAUGUUGAGUUCUAUGAUCAGCAGAUCCCAUUCCAUCAGGAUGACUUGAUUGCAGUCACAGCAUUCCUCAAUGCUUUCGUCUUCAAGAUGAUAUGGGAGCAUGGCAUAGACGGCACAGUGAAGCAAGCCAGCCUGUACAGCUCCACCCACUCCCUACUGAGCCUGCUGUAUGAUAGGGACUGUCGGCGACGGUACGCCCCACCCAACCACUGGCUGAUCAAGGACCUCAAACUGACCACAUUCAGGGCGGAGCUGGAGAAGGGGAGUAAGAGGACCACGCUUAUCCUGCAGCGGAUGCCGCACGUCAUCCCACAUAGAGAGCGUGUGAUGUUAUUCCGCAAGAGAGUAGCAGAGGAAAAGAAAGCCCUUGGCUUUACAGAGACAGCCAGCCACUCGCCUCACUCAACACUCAUCACUGUACACAGAUCCAGACUAGUAGAGGAUGGGUACCAACUGCUAGCUGGUCUCUCGCCUCAGACAUUCAAGGGCCUUAUCAGAGUCAGGUUCAUCAAUAUGCAGGGGCUAGAUGAGGCAGGUAUUGACCAAGACGGUGUCUUCAAGGAAUUUCUAGAAGAGAUCAUCAGAACUGUCUUUAACCCAACACUCAACUUGUUCAAGACUACCAGUGACCAGCACCUUUACCCCAGCCCCACCUCCUCCAUCAAUGAGAACCAUCUGGGCCUCUUUGAGUUUGUCAGCAAGAUGCUCGCUAAAGCUGUUUAUGAGGGUAUCGUUGUGGAAGUACCUUUCGCUUCCUUCUUCCUGAGCCAGAUGCUGGAGCAGCAGCACAAUCAGCUCUACAGCCCCAUUGAUGAGCUGCCUUCCAUGGAUGCUGAGCUGUACAAGAACCUCACCUACGUCAAGCAUUACGAGGGUGACAUCUCAGAGUUGGACCUAGUUUUUUCAUAUGAUGAGGACGUAAUGGGCAGGAUCCACACCCAUGAACUGGUACCCGGAGGCAAAGCAAUGGCAGUCACAAACGAGAACAAGAUCAGCUAUAUCCACCUGAUGGCCCAUCACAGACUGUACCGGCAGAUCUGGGAGCAGACUAAAGCCUUCAAGCGAGGCUUCCGGUCCAUCAUCAACCCUGAGUGGUUGUCCUGGUUCUCGGGGCCGGAGCUGCAGAGGCUCAUCUCGGGCGACAAUGCUGAGAUCGACUUGGCCGACCUCAGGAAACACACUCAGUACUAUGGAGGCUUCCACAACUCCCAUCGUGUCGUCAAUUGGCUGUUUGAUGUGCUGGCAAAUGAAUUCACAGCCCAAGAGAGGGGGCAGUUUCUCAAGUUUGUUACGAGUUGUUCCAAGCCACCCCUACUAGGCUUUGCCCAUCUGGAGCCACCCUUCUCAAUACGCUGUGUUGAAGUCAGUGAUGACCAGGAUACCGGUGACACAGUUGGCAGCGUCCUGCGUGGGUUCCUACGCAUUCAGAAGAGGGACCCAGUCGGCCGGCUCCCGACCUCCUCCACCUGCUUCAACCUCCUCAAGCUGCCCAACUACCACAAGAAAACCACGCUCAAGGAGAAACUACGCUAUGCCAUCACCAGCAACACAGGAUUUGAGUUGUCGUAGAACACUGUUAACAAUGCGGCCCAAUUUUUAAGGCUCAUCUGCUAACCAGGGAAUUAUGAUCACCAUGCAGUGUUCCUAGCAAAAGAAUAAACACACAAUCUGUAGUUACGGGAUGUACACGUGGGCACCAGCUGAGACUUCCUUGCCAAACCUGUCACAUAAUGUUCCUAUUAAGAGGAGAAUGUUCAGAAAGUUUUCCAUUCACAUACGUCACUUUUUUUCAAUCAAUUUUCAAGCCCCAAAAAAUACCUUCUAUGGUUCUUUCAACUAUUUUCCCUCCUGGACUCUCACUCUUUACCCUCCUGCAAUCCUCUUUAUUUACCAGUUAUGUACUCCACCGGGAUUCGAACCCGCAAUCUCGUUAUUCAAUCACACCAGCCUUAUCUGCUACACUAGUCGAACGAUUAUUGCCAGUAAGGGACUAUUUGAUGUAUUUAAAGUAUAAGGCUAAUGAAUAUUUAAUAAACAAUAAAUAAAUAUUCAUGUAAAAUUAAAUAUUCAUGAUGACGUAUUGCACUAUCAUUGGGUACGGGUAGUGCAUUGUCGAUGUCACGUCAUGCGCACGGCAUACAUCAAUAACCAAUGCCACAAAUGGUCGCCUUGACCAUCUGCUGCCGAGCUGAUGUAUGCAUCCAAAGUGUGCUCCGAAAAUGUCUUCACAUUUCCAGAGCUUUCUGGGUUCGUCUUAGGUGAAAUCACGAGGUGAGGAAUUCAAUCCGAAUGUUCUUCAAUGCUUAUUACUCUGUAGCGGUCCAUGGAAUUUCCCCCUGGAUCUUUUUUUUUCAGUACCCAUUAGAUUUACAUGUACGGACUAAUGUGCUUUGCUUUUCACUGACUUGUGACUGCACGUGUGCUCCAUUUACAUGUAGCAUGCACUUAAUCCCAUCACUGCUGACUGAAGGCAUGCUUAAAAAGGAAAGAGCAGAACAAACCAUGUCAAUAAUUUACAGCAUUCCCAUGGUGACGAGCAGUUUGCGCAAUUGAUAUCAGGAAUUACUCGAGGCAUAGGAUGGAUAAAGCAAAUUAGCAGGAUUCCUCAUUAUGGUAAGCAGAUGCGUGAAAUUGGGACCAGUACUCAAUUUCAAGUCAUUGAAGACAAAACUUGACAAAUGUUCACCUCUCAAAUGAACACCUCUCACCACUGUGGCCUGGGUUCGAUUCCCGGCUGGGGUCAUAUGUAAGUAGAGUUGUUGGUUGAUUCUCUCUAUUGUGCCGUUGAUUCCCUCCUCUCCGGGUUCUGCGGUUUUCCGCCCUCCACAAAAAUCAACACUUUCUAUCUGGCUGUGCACCGUGGCAAGACAUGGGUCGUAUGGCGGCUGCCUAUGCCUUCGGCUCAACCGUGUUGUAGCUGUGUCUUUCGCGAUUCAGCUUCUCAGCUGUAAGGACGACUAGCCCCCCAAUUUUAUUUUAUUUAUUCUUGACCGAAGUCCAUUCUCCAAAUUUCACAAGUUUGUUAUGCAAUUAUGUAUCUCAGUCUGAAUGUUUUCCAGUACGUGUAUAUCUCAAUAAGCCAUUUGCGAGUUAAAUUUGAAUAAAAUCUGGAACGCUGACUUAAUACAAUGCUUUGCACGCUUUAACCUAGCAUUCUCCCGACCAAAGAGACUGUUACUAGAUCACGUGAUUCGGGGCAAGCCUUAUGCUAGCAACCCCCAGCUCCAGCAUGGUCUGGUGUCUUUGUGCCAUUCUCACCCAUUGUGAACAAUGUAUUGAUGCUGAACGUCUCUUAUGUAACUAUGCAAGACCUUGCCCCGAAUCUUGUGAUUAGCAACAGUGUCUUUGGUCUGGAGAAUUCAAAGUUAAAAUGUGCCAAGCAUUCUGAGCAAGUCAUUGUACCAGACGUUUUUCAAAUGUAAAUCCCAAAGGGUAUAGGGUACUCGCAAAUGGCUUAUUCUGUCACGUUUUUCUAAUGCACUUUUUUUUACAUGUACAAAAAACAACAACAGUUGAUGUCUCAGAUUUAGUCAUGCGAGUCCCAAGUCUUUUAUUUUAUUUUGACAACAUAAAAUUUUGUAUUUACUACAGAAAUUUAGAUGUGUGUAUACUAAGUAAAAUUAACAAGUAUGUAUAUGCUUAUAUUGUUAUAUGUGACGCAUUCCCAGUUCUAGUUAAAUGAGACAGAACUUGGCAAAGGUCAAAAUGAGGGUGUGAAUUGUUGCAAUUCAAUCAGACAUUCUGUUGACAAAUUAUGGCUUUUUAAAAUUUGCAUUUAUUGACAUAUCAAAAAGUAAAAUCCUGAGAAAAAGGCGUUUAAAGUUUCAAGUUUUGUAGAUGUGAAAAUGAAAGAUGCCACUUUUUUUUCCCUUAAAAACACUUGCACUCAAUUGUAAUACUAUUUCCUUAAAACAUGUGUAGUAGACGUAUCAAAGAUUACAAAUAUCAAUAAAUCAGGAAAUCAUUUUUCUCAACCAUGGCCUGUGCCCAGUUCCACCUCAGUUCACCAGAACACCCGACAUAUAUGCUCUGGUUGUAAAUAUAAAAUUAUGGCAGCACAUGGACAUAUUUUUCCCUGGUUUUUUAAAUAUAUUUUGGUUGAGUGUAUAAAAAAUGUUAGGCCAAAAAAAAAAAUAUUCGGUCUCUGGUCAGACCAAAGUUCCGGAAUUGACGCGGCCACACGGCUUU